GCGGGGCCUCGCCGGCUCGCGGCCGGUCGCCUUGACGACCGCAGCAAGAUGGAGACGCUGCCAGGCUUGCUGCAGCGGCCCGACCCCGGGGCGCUUAGCGCAGCGCAGCUGGAGCAGCUGCGAAAAUUCAAGAUUCAGACUCGGAUUGCUAACGAAAAGUACCUAAGGACCCACAAAGAAGUAGAGUGGCUCAUAAGCGGUUUCUUCAGAGAAAUAUUUUUGAAAAGACCAGACGACAUCCUAAAAUGUGCUGCAGACUACUUCACGGAUCCAAGACUUCCCAACAAGAUUCACAUGCAGCUAAUUAAAGACAAGAAAGCGGCUUAAUUAGCAAAAUCAUGAUGCUCAGCUGUUGGGAGAGACCAGACAGAAUCCAGCCUCAGGGGUCGUCUGGAGGCAUGAGAGCCCUAUUGCCAUCAGUGUGGGUUUCCAAGCUGCCUUGGGCUCUGUCUACUGUCGCAAAAGCUUUUAAAGAUAUUCAUUAAACAUGGACCUUCCUG